CACACAUCUGGGUUCAAUCAGCAGGCGAGGAGUCAGAAAACAGACCACAGACUCACAGUUCAGACCGGAGCCUGAUCCUGGAGUUACUGCUGGGACUGAUACUGCAGAACUAUUACUACCAUUACUGCAGAACUAUCACUGCCAAUACUGCAGUAGCCAAGGGCAGGAUCUGCGUUAACCACAGGACAGUUAAAGGAACAGGAAGCUGCUUCGUAGAGAUCACACUGCUGAAAAGGAGACAAACAUGGGGAUGGUUCUCUGGGUCCUGUUGUUUGUCUCUCUGCUGUCUUCUGUCUCCAGCGUCUCGCCGUCUGCUCGCCCUCCAGAUGAAUGCUCUGGCAUGUCCGUCCGUCUGCGGGCAUUCCGUCUCCGGACUUCCUGUAACUUUACAACCCUGAAGGAGAAGCAGCUGAAGGAGAUCCAGGCACCGACCACUGUCCUCUACUUGCCCGUGCUCUACCUGCUGGCCUUCGCUGUGGGUCUGCCCUCUAAUCUAUUGGCUCUCUGGAUUCUGUUGUUCCGGACCAAAGCGGCGCCGUCCACCACGCUGCUCAUCAACCUGACGGUGGCGGACUGCCUGCUGCUGCUGGUGCUGCCAUUUCGAAUCGUGUACCACUUCAGAGGCAACCACUGGGAGCUGGGCGAGGCGUCCUGCCGUGUGGUCAUGGCAGUGUUUUAUGGGAACAUGUACGGCUCAGUGCUUUGUCUGGCGCUGGUGGCUCUGGACCGCUACAUUGCUCUGGUUCACCCGUUUGGCGCGAAGACUCUGCGAAGCCGCCGUACGUCUCUGUACAUGACGGCGGCGGUGUGGUCGGCGGUCCUGGCCGCCAUGCUUCCCCUGUUGGUGAGCCAGCAGACCUACUUCCUGGAUGAGCUGCAGAUCACCACUUGCCACGAUGCGCUGCCGGAGGAGGAGCAGGAGAACUACUUCCUGCCAUACUUCGCCGUCCUGUUCUCUCUCUGCUUCCUGGUGCCUUUACUGGUCGUCCUGUUUUGCCACGGCGCCGUGCUGCGCACUCUGCUGGCUGAGGGGAAGCGCUAUAGCCAUGCCAUCAGGGUGACAGUUCUGGUGCUGGUGGUCUUCAUUGUCUGCCUGUUGCCUAGCAACAUCCUCCUGCUCCUGACGUAUGCGGACAGCUCAUCUGACGGAGACGGCGAGGACGUCUACGUCCCAUACAUGGUUAGCUUAGCCAUUAGCACCUUCAACAGCUGCAUUGACCCGUUUAUCUUCUACUUUGUCUCCGUGGAGUUCAGAGAGAAGGCUAGGGGCGCGGUCUGCUGCCAAGGCAAUGCCAAACCGUCCAACCACGUGUCCUACUCUUCAUCAUCGUCAUCGUCAGGACAGAGGUCAAAGGUCACUGUCCUGUCCAGGACCAGCCAGAGCGCUGAGUCACAGAGGGAACAGCCUCCACCUGAGGACAUGACAGACUGACCACAAGAUCACAUGACCACAUUAUCACAUGAGAUCACAGUUUACCACAUGAUCGCAUGACAUCACAAACAUGUGACAUAUGACAUCACAACGGUCAGACGUUUGAUAUGAAGGAAGAACUGAUGGAUUUUGAUAAUUGAUUAAAGAGUGAAUGUUCUGAUGGGGUUAAAAUUAAAUAAAGAUGAUCAAUUAUGUGACAUUUAUUGAUAAAUACAGUAAUGUAUGACAUGGGGGAGACUGGGAGCCAAUGUAACUCACAAGGCUGCCCAUUAGUGGGGAUAAAGAGGUGAGCUUUCUGGGGCCCAGCCAAACUGGGGGUCACGGAGGUCAGCAACGCGUGGUUCAUGAUAAAGUUAAUCUGUGAUAAAUAUAUUUAAUUUUAACCUGCACUCUCAUCAAAGCAACAUAACAUGACUUUUAUUUAUUCUGCAGUAUAAUCUAGCCUUUAUAAAUGUAAACCCCUUCUCUUCAAAGAGAAUGACCCUUUCAUUGGUAACAAUGUGGAUGGACACACUGAACUAAUGAUCAGGAAAGUAAUGUUAGACCUCAGAGCUAAGCUUUUACCUUUAAAACUCGAGAUUUUGACAUUCUAUCUCAUAUA